UUUGAAUGUGCUGACGCCGGAAGUUGAGCAGAGAUGUUCCGUCAGUCUGACAUUAGUCGGUUUAAAUGAAGCUCGGAGUUAUGAAGAUCCUCCGCGGGGUUUCGCGGCAGAUGUGCACUAGCCGGCCGGAAGUGCGCGUCAGGUUCGCGCCGAGUCCCACAGGGUUCCUUCAUCUGGGUGGGCUCCGCACAGCGCUCUAUAACUUCCUGUUCUCCCGGCAGCGGCGCGGUGUGUUCAUCCUGCGGCUCGAGGACACAGACCAGAAACGGCUCGUACCCGGAGCAGCGGAGCACAUCGAGGACAUGCUGGAGUGGGCAGGAAUCCCUCCAGAUGAAAGCAGCCGUAGAGGAGGGGAUUAUGGGCCGUAUGUUCAGUCUGAGCGGCUGCAUCUCUACACUGAGGCGGCUUCGUCUCUGCUGAACACAGGCCACGCCUACUACUGCUUCUGCUCCAAUCAGAGACUAGAGCUACUGAAGAAGGAGGCGCAGAGGAGUGGACACGCCCCACGGUAUGAUAACCGCUGUCGCCGUCUGCAGCCGCAGCAGGUGGAGCAGAAGCUGGCUGCGGGAGUGCCGGCUGUGGUGCGCUUUAAGCUGCACAUGGGCACCGAGGAGUUCCAGGAUCUGGUGUUCGGCUGGACGGGUCACGCGGUGGGGGCGGUGGAAGGUGACCCGGUCAUCCUGAAGGGGGACGGUUACCCCACAUACCACCUGGCCAGCGUGGUGGACGACCACCACAUGCGCAUCAGCCACGUGCUGCGCGGCUGCGAGUGGCUGAUCUCCAGCGCGAAACACCUGCAGCUGUACCGGGCGCUGCGCUGGACUCCGCCCACAUACGCACACCUGCCCCUGCUGCUGAACCGCGACGGCAGCAAACUGUCCAAACGCCAGGGAGACAUCUUCCUGCAGAGCUUCCGAGACCGCGGCGUCCUGCCCGAAACCCUGCUGGACCUGGUGACACACGCCGGCUCCGGCUUCAGCGAUAACCGUAUGGGUCGGCGUCUGGACGAACUCAUUCGUGACUUUAACAUUUCCAAGAUCACGACACACUCCGCCCUGCUGGAUCUGGACAAAUUAGAGGAGUUCAGCAGGCUGCAUCUCCAGCGCAGGAUCGAGGACCCUCAGCAGUGUGUAUGGCUGUGUGAGGAGCUGAAGCAGAUGGUGAAACACACACACAGCUCUGAGAUCAGCGCCGCUGCGGUUCUGGAGCCGGAGUAUAUCGAGCGAGUGCUGCAGCUGCGCAAGGGCCACAUCUCGUCUCUGCAGGAUCUGCUGAGCUCCACACACUCGUAUCUGUGGGUUCGUCCUCGAGUGUCGCAGACGCAGCUGCAGAGUGAGAGCGCACACGCCAAAGACAUCGCCACCGCCGUCAUGCAGAUGGUGUUGGCCGGCGGCUCACUGGUGUCGAUGGAGCGUCUGAACAGUGAACUGAAGCAGAUCUCCAGCAGAACCAACAGCACACACAGCAGCGUGAUGAAGGUGCUGAGACUACUGCUGAGCGCACAACAGGUGAACACACACACACACACACACACACACACGCACACACACACACAGCAGCGUGAUGAAGGUGCUGAGACUACUGCUGAGCGCUCAACAGCGGGGGCCCAGUGUGGCGGAGAUGAUGCUGUCUCUGGGUGAACAGGAAGUGUGUGUUCGUCUUCAGAAAGCUCUGGAACUCUGAGGCGCUGUGUGUCAAUAAAGUGUUGUAAAUAUUUA